AUGAAGCAGAAGUCUCAAAUAUUAUUUGCCAUAAAUCAUCUUCUUUUGCAGUUUAAAGUUAAUGCAGAUUUACAUUUUCCUGGUAAUACGCCAAAAUAUAUUUUCAACUUCAACCAACAGCACAUUUUGACUCCAUUACAAAAUCCACAGGAAAAAAGUUUUGCCUUAUUAACGUUGGGAUUUCCCAUCGUCUGGUUUAGAAGAAAUUCAUGGGAAAUUAAUGAAGAAGUUAAAUUAAGCGAGUCUGUUUUAAUUACUUUACUGGAGCUUUGUCGAAGUGUCUUGACUUUCUAUUUGGCUUCAAGGCAUUCUGAUAAAAAAAACCUCAUGAGAAGUAACCCGACGUUGAGUUAUGUUGAAAAAGAUUCUAAACCGAGAACUUCUCGUUUCAAUAAAAGAUCCGCCCCUCAAUCUGAAGUCAAUGGCAUUUUAUUCAUACCACUUACCCAAUUCACAACGUUAAAUGUUGUGAAUGGCAUCAGAAAGCAUCUUGGCAAUAAAUUGGUACGAUUUGUUGGUUCUAUUAGAAAUCAAACGAAAAGCUUUACUAACAAUAAAUUGUGUCUGAAAACUUAUGCCAAUUCCCUGUUCAACAAACGUGUUAGAUAA